CGGGUUGGGUCCCCUCCCCCCCUCCCUCCCUCUCGGCGAUAUUCUCGGGGUGGUCUUUGAUAUAACUCCACGUCUUGUUCUUGUUCCCUUCUCCUUUCUUGAGCUCUUUUCUUUUUACACGCAUUCUUCUACGACUAGAUAGAAUACAGUGAUAUUCCAAAUACAACAUAUUCUGGUUCUGCCACUCCCGUUCUUUUUUUUUUUCGUUCGUCCCUCUUAUCUAGUCUGCUAUGGCAUUGCCUCAGCGGUGUGCAGCGGUGGUGGUGGGCGCCGGCCCAGCAGGUCUGGCUGUUGUUGGCAACCUGCUGGAGAGACAGGUCGGGCGGAUUGCCUGGGUUGAUCCGUGUUUCGAGGCCGGGCGUGUGAACAAGAAAUACCGAGAAGUUCCUAGUAAUACGAAAGUGUCGUUCUUUCAAGCCUACGCAACAGCGGUCCAGCCCUUUCGGACGGUGAUCAGCUCGACGCCCAUCCCGAACGCGUUCCUGACCAUCUCGAAACUCGACCAGAACAAGACGUGUACGCUGGACCAUGCAGCGGACAUGGUUCGCGCUCUUACAGAUGGGAUUGUGGGGAUGGACGAGGUGGACCAAUGCGUAGGGACAGUCACGGCCGCAACAUUAGAAAAUUCUCGAUGGACGGUCUCUAUCCGACAAACAAGCGGCGAUAUUGAAAUCGAAACAACACGGCUGAUCAUGUGCACGGGGUCGUCGCCGACCAACCUGCCCAUCCCACUCAGCACGAUGAACCGGCUGGACCUGGACGUUGUGCUGAAACCGAGCGAGCUGGCCACCCGUCUCGACCGACACACGCCGCAGACUGUUGCCGUAGUGGGGGCCUCGCACUCUGCGAUCCUCGCCCUGCUGAACCUGGUGCAGCUGGCGCGCAGCUCGCACGGCGAUCUCCGCAUCAAAUGGUUUACGCGCCACCCGCUCCGUUACGCAGAGUUCAUGGACGGCUGGAUCCUACGCGACAACACCGGGCUGAAAGGGUUGGCGGCCGAGUUUGCGCGCCAGCAGCUUGAAGACGACCGGCUCCCCAAAUCAGAGGCCGGGCGGUUCAUCACCAAGAUCGACUGUGGCGAUGGGCAGGAAGCGGCUCAGUUCGAUGCCCAUUUUCCUUCCUGCGAUCAUAUCGUCCACGCCGUAGGCUACACGCGGGAUCCUUUACCGCAACUCACCCUGCGAGAAGCCGGUAAGGCUGAGCCGGAGACCCUCCUUCAGCCGGACUUUGACCAUGAGACGGGCGGGUUUUACGAUCAGCACGGCCGUGUGAUUCCGGGCCUGUACGGGGCUGGCAUUGCCUUCCCGGCGAAGGUGGUCGAUCCGCUCGGGAACGUCGAAUACGCCGUUGGAUUCUGGAAGUUCAUGGUGUUUCUCAAGCGGGUUAUUCCGGGGUGGUAAAUCAUUCUUCAUUAACGUUUCUUAU